AUGUCUCAGUACAGGAGAUACUUCGAUGAGAGUGAUCCCAACCAAAGCCGAUACUCAUCGCGUAAUGGUAAUGGCAGCUAUUACCAAUCUCGCGGUAGUCAACGCUAUAACUAUGAGGGGCAACCUGAUGAGUCUGGUUAUAGGAAGGACUACCAAAAGAGUUUAGGUGCAGGUAACGGCCAAUACAACAACAGGCAGUAUUCCAGAAAUGACAACGGAUCCAGCAACAAUGUACCGCAGGGCAGGUACACACCAACCGAGUACAGCAGUAGGAGAUCGUUCCAUCAUAACGAUGCUGAAAUCAAAUUGCCUUCAGCCCCAAGCAGAGUACAGUACAGUUACAAAGCGCGUAACAGUGAAACGAAAGAUCCUAACGCGUAUCGUCCCAACCAUACAGAUCAAAGCUAUAUCCGUGGCAGAAACAGCAAUGGUAAGUCAUAUGGACCUGUAAACAUCCCAACGGGCCCUCAGCAGUCACGUAUUGUUUCAAACAGAAAUCAUAACCAACACAAUGUCUCACUACGGCCAAAGGCAACAGUCAAAUACAAAAAUAUCGAGCAGCUUACAUGUAAAUACCAUUACUUUGACCCAGUUGAGAAAGUACUAACUCAUAGAACGGAGAUGAAAAAGUGGACUGAGGUGAACAAAGAUAUGCCAGAAGUAGGAUUUGUUGUUCAGCAAGAAACUAUAAAUGGUCAAGUGAAAUCAGUGAUUAAGAGCAGAAAGCCUGAUGAAAAAUCAACGGAUCCUAGAAAAACUACAAUUCCAAAUACUGGGAACUCUUCAACAAAAAAGAAACAAAGAACUGCUCGUAAGUGCAGGAAAGAACUAACGCUGGUUCCUAGAAUAUCGUAUGAUAAGUUCUCAUUGGGCCCUCCACCGUCAACAGAAGUGGUUGUUUUUGCCGAAAACUUCUCAAAUACACAAAUGGCCAAUAUUCCAGAUAUUUCAAUUAAGAACUAUUUUCGUAAGUUUGGUGAAUUAGCUCAUUUUGCAUCUUACAGUGACCCGAAGACAGCUUUACCAUUGCAUCUCUAUCUAGUUAAAUAUACUCAUCCGAGUGGGAAGAUUAAUGAUUCUGCAAAAGCAGCUUACCAAGCGGUAAAGAGUUGCCAAGAACAAAAAUGCUGCAUUCUAGGUUGUAAUUUUAAUGUUCUCUUGAACAAGAAUAAUGAACUUGAAAAUAUUAUGAAUAAGAGAAUAACCGUAUUAUCUAAAGAAACUGAAAAGGUUAAACUCCAAAUGGAACAGGAGAAGAAAUCUGCUUUGAAAAAAUCUGCAGAACUGAAUAAAGAAGAAAAAGGUAUAUUAAAGCCAUUAAAAACUAUACCAGGAGAUCUCAGACCGAUAGUGAAUAACAGACCGGCACUUUAUAUAUCGAGGAGGUUUAUUUCAGUGAUGGGUCUUCGUCUGAUAGAUUUUAAAUCAAAACUUAAGGCUUACAAAUGUUCUAGAUUCCUAGAACAUGCUACCGGAUUUUAUAUUAUCUUCAAUAACCUCGAACAUGCCAAAUUAUGUAUGGACGCAGAAUCAGGAAAAUUAACGAUGGCUUCGCGACGGAAAAGGACUACCGUCCCUAUCAAUUUCAUACUAAUUGAGCCUUUUACAUCCAGAUUCUCUAAGAAAUACAAAGAUGUUCCAUCUGACAGCAAAGAAAAAGUAGAGAUUGUAAGAUACAAUAAUAAAGAAGAAUUAAUUGACGCCGCCUCGAAAUACAUAAUCGAAGAUCUGGCAAAAACUCUGCAUACCGAGAUCAGGAAGACUAUGAUUGGACCAGCGGUUUUUGAUACUCUUCAACCAUCUAAUUUCCCACAACUCGUCCAAAAAAGGAAGGAGCAGGAAGAACUUAAGAAGGCAGAUAUGGAAAAGAAGAAAGCAGAACAGGCUAAAUCUAAAGAUUUCAAUAUUUUCAAUUUAUAUGCGAGCUACACCAACAAGCCAAAGAGAAGACAAAAAAGAUACCUGUCUGAUGAAGAAGCUGAGGAAGAAUUACCCCAGAAAAAGAUCAAACCACUUGCGCAUCUAUUGGAUGAAGUUAGAGAAGACUCACCAACGUCCGGACUGGAAUCUACAGAUGAUCCUACUGAAGGAGACAAUAUGUCUACUUCGUCAUCAAGUGAGGACGAAGAUGAUAUUAUGGAUGAUUUUCAAAAUGAGGAUAAGAAGGAUGAUAUGUUUUCAACUCCAGAAACUAACGAGGAAAUGGACUAUCAUCAUAAGAUUGAUUACAGAACUGAGAAUCUUAUUGAUAAGGAAAUUGAUGAUGCUUCACAAGUCAAUGAAAGAUAUUUACCUUCUGCAACACAGUUCCCUGUUACAGUGUACCCUGAAAACACCUAUGAUUCUGAGUACAUAGAUACUGUAUCGUUAUUUGAUCUUCAAGAUGCAAUUAAGGAUGAAGAGGAUAUGGAAUUUUUGAAAGAAUGCCUUCCUGCGGGCGAGGAUCUGGAAUUUGAUGAUGACAAUGGUUUACUUGAGUAUAGGAUAUGGAAAAUUAAGCAAAUGGCCGAUAUUUCACAAUCUUCAACUAAUAACGAACUGCGUCUCAACAACCAAACUCUUGACAAAACCUUAUUUGAGAAAAAUAUUCCAUUUAUUGCAUCGGAGUUCAAACAUAUUCCUGAAAAAUUGAAAUCAUCAUACUUGCCUCAUAAAAGAAGGGUUCAUGAGCCUUUGAAUACGGUCAGCCAUCAUAAUGAAUCAAAAGAACAGAGCCCUGAUAUAGCUAUUAAAGAAAAGAGUGUCAAUAAAGCUGAUACUGGUGAGGGGUCAUUGGCUGAGAUCUCAUCAUCUAGAGACAAUAGAGCAUCCAACAGAAGGUUCCAGCAGAAUAUUGAAGCUCAGAAAGCUGCCACUGGUACUGAAUCAGAGUUACUUUCUUUGAACCAGUUGAAUAAGCGAAAGAAACCGGUAACAUUUGCAAGGUCAGCUAUUCAUAACUGGGGCUUAUACGCUUUGGAACCCAUCAAUGCUAAGGAAAUGGUUAUUGAAUAUGUUGGUGAAAGAAUAAGACAGCCAGUUGCCGAGAUGAGAGAAAGGCGCUACAUAAAAAACGGUAUUGGUUCUAGUUAUCUGUUCCGUAUUGAUGAGCAUACUGUUAUCGAUGCUACGAAGAAAGGUGGUAUAGCCAGAUUCAUUAAUCAUUGCUGUGAACCUAGUUGUACUGCCAAGAUUAUUAAAGUUGGUGGUAAGCGUAGGAUUGUUAUCUAUGCCUUACGUGACAUUGCAGCUAAUGAAGAACUGACCUACGACUACAAAUUUGAACGAGAAACCGAUGCAGAAGAAAGACUUCCAUGCUUAUGUGGAGCUCCAAGUUGUAAAGGAUUCUUGAAUUGA